AUGAUCCAUCCGGGGCCACUUCGAGUACUUGUGAUCAUCUCACAACGCAGCUCCCUAUACCCCAAAAGUAAUACUUCCCCAGAGGAAAUCAUCCCACUAGCCAUGCGCCUCCUCAAGAAGAAAAACAUGUGGAAGGCAGCGGACUAUCCCACCACAACAAAACUUCUCGCCGUGCAAAAAUGGCGAAGCCGCGCAUUCCUCGUCUUCGACAUUGCCAACGAAGCAUACGAUGCAAAACUCGGCCAUCUUCCCGAACAUAACCAGCUACCCGUUGUCGUGGCUCAUUUCAGCAAGAAGAAAGCAGCAUAUCCAGCCAACUCGUGGGUCUCUCAGCAAGUCAAUCAUGAUGUUGCGAUGCUGCAUAAUGCGAAUGGCUUCGAUGCUGUCCCGCCAUUCAUGGAGGAUCAUACGCUCGGGACACCGCCGGCGUAUCAUAGUCCUCGGGAUAUUUCCAUGUUGCGAGUCACGUAUAUCUAG